CUGAUUUAAAAGGCUUUUAUUUCACCAAUAUGAAAAGUCAGAUGAGGGAGUUCUUCCCUGGAGGUUUGAGUCAGACGGGGAUGUGUCCUUGUGGUUUAACAGGAUCAUGUUCUGAUCCAGCCGAAUCGUGUAAUUGUAAUGUGAAAGAUGGCGAAACAAGGAUGGAUUUUGGUGUGGAAUUCAACAAAGAAAAUUUACCAAUUACUGCUAUGUUUUUUAAUGACAUAGGAACAUCAGAUAAUCAGAAUGCUUCAUAUACUCUGUCAUCACUGAGGUGCAGUCAGCAAUCUUUCUCAUUUGAGGCGAGUUGCGAGUCGUAUCUGAGGGAUCGAGGGAGGACUUACAGCUAUACCUACAUGUUGGACCCCGACGGUCCGGAGCCAAGAGAUGGAGACCAAAGUAACAACAAAAUCGUUUAUUUAUAAUAGAGAUUUACAAUCUUAUCCUUCUCUUUUUUUCCCC